GAAAAGCCAUUGAUUUUGUAGUUCAGAAUGCAAUGUCAGAAUCCCACGGGGGGAGACCCAGCGCAUCAAAGGUUGCCAUAGUCAUCGUGUCGGGGAGAUCAGAAGACACCGUGGAGGCUGCUGCACUUUCUGCAAGAACGAACAGGGUAUCCCUGUUUCCAAUUGGAGUUGGGAACAUAUAUGAUGAAGAGCAACUAAGGACUUUGGCUGGGCCAUCAGCUGCUAACCGAAUCAUGAAGCUUCAGAAUUUUGAAGACUUAUCCACUAUGAUCACAUUGAAUAGUGAAUUUAUCAAAAAAGUGUGCAUGGACCCUGUCAGAGAAUGUAUAGAUGAGGAUGGAAACAAAAAGAAACCUGGUGACAAAUGGACAUUACCGGACCAGUGCCACACUGUGACAUGCUUUCCAGGAGAUUACACAGUUCUAGAGAGUCACCAAAUUAACUGUGAGAGGAUGCCAAAACCAGUGUGUCACAGCAAUCUUCCUGCUGUUAAGAUUGAAGAAACUUGUGGCUGCCGAUGGAUGUGUCCAUGUGUCUGUAUAGGAAGUUCAUCUCGACAUAUUAUCACUUUUGAUGGGCUAAAUUUUAAGCUGACUGGCAAUUGCUCCUACACCUUGUUUCGAGAUAUGCAACAUGGUGUUGAAGUUCUCCUCCAUGAAGGGCCAUGCAGAGCAACACCAAAGAUGAACUGUAUGGACUCCAUUGAAGUGAAACAUCGUGGUGUAUCUGUUCAGCUCUUCAGUGACAUGGCAGUGGCUGUUAACGGUGAAAGGGUCCAUAUUCCCUAUUCUAGCAGUUUGUUUGAAGUCACUGUCUAUGGAGCAAUAAUGCACGAAAUCAAGUUCUCCCAUCUUGGACAUAAUCUCACAUUUACUCCAAGAAACAAUGAAUUUAUUCUUAAACUUAAUUCAAAGAGCUUUUCUUCAGGAACUCAAGGGCUUUGUGGGGUGUGUGACCAGAACCACAUCAAUGACUUCACAUUACAUGAUGGCUCUGUCACUCCUGACCACAGUGUGUUUAUCCAAGACUGGACGGUGGAAGAGCUGGGGAAGAUCUGUGAAAUCCGGCGAGAAGACCGAUGCUCUGACCACGCAACAAGCCACUGCCACCUUCUGCUCUCAGAUCGGUUUGCAGAGUGCCACAGGGUAAUCCCCCCCAACAUGUUCUAUGAGGCCUGCGCAGAAAGCAGCUGCUAUGAGGAUGAAGCCUGCGAGAUGAUAACUUCCUACGCUCACAUCUGCAGGGAAAACGGGGUCUGCGUAGACUGGAGAACACACGAGUUUUGUCCAAUGAAAUGUCCCACAUAUUUGACAUAUGAUCACUGCCACAAAGCCUGCAUAAAGCACUGUGAGAAUAGUACCAAACUCAGUGUCUGCAAGGAUUAUCCCACAGAAGGCUGCUUCUGUCCAGACGGACAGGUGAUUUUUAAUGACAGCUGUGUUGAUGAAGAAGUCUGCACACAAUGCAUCGGUGAAGAUGGCACGCACCAUCAGCACAUGGAAACAUGGAUUCCCACUAAUGAGCCUUGCAAGAUCUGCACGUGUCUUGAUAACAAGAAAGUAAACUGCACCGUCCGACCUUGCCCUACUGCCAAACCUGUUCAGUGUGGUCCCUGUGAAGUCCCUCGUCUACGCAGGGACCCCGGCCAAUGCUGCCCCGAGUACGAGUGUGUCUGUGAUCUGGUUUCCUGUGAUUUGCCUCCUGCCCCUGUCUGUGAGUUUGGCCUGCAGCUUGCUCUGACCAACCCUGGAGAAUGCAGACCAAAUUACACAUGUGCGUGUAACAGAGAAGCAUGCAGCCUAGUUCAAAGACCUUCCUGCCCACCGCAUCGAGAGCUGACUGUUACGAAGACCACGUGCUGUGAUAAAUAUGAGUGUACCUGCAGCUGCACUAACUCAACAGUGAGCUGCCCUUUGGGAUAUCUGUCCAGAUCUCUCACCAAUGACUGCGGCUGCAUAUCUACCACCUGUGUUCCAGGCAUGGUCUGUGUGCACAACAACAUAGUCUACCCUGUUGGGACAACCUGGGAAGAUGGUUGCAGGGAAUGCUCUUGCACUAGUAUGAGGGAUGAUGUUACAGGACUUCAGAUGAUGGAGUGUCAUGACAAAGCAUGUAACACAUUCUGCUCUCGGGGAUACAAGUAUAUCAUCCAGGAAGGGGAGUGUUGUGGGAGAUGCCAGAAGACUGCCUGUGAGGAGCAGCUAUUCUGGUCUCGGGGUGAUGCAGAUCCUCGUUUGCACGAGGUUGGCACAGAGUGGCGAUCCCCCUUCAAUCAUUGCAUUAUCAAUGAGUGCGUCCGGGUGAACAAUGAAGUCUUUGUGCAGCAAAAGAAUCUUUCUUGCUCUCAAAUGGAUGUGCCUGACUGUCCAGAGGGAACUGAACUACGCUGUGACCAAAUAAUAGACUGCUGUCCUUCUUGCAGAUGUGUACCUCUGGAUGGUUGUCCCUUGAAUGGCACUGUUGUUGGGCCAUGGAGACGCCUGAUGGUGGAUCAAUGCACAACAUGUCUCUGCUCCCUCCAGUCAACAUCUUCUCGGAGAUACACUCUGACGUGUACAAAAUUAAGCUGUGAACCAUGCCCAGUAAAUUACAGAAGGCAGGAAAUCCCUGGCUCUUGCUGUGGAAAAUGUGUGCCAACUUCAUGUGGCAUUAGGCUGAGAGAUGGAAGGCUUAAAUACCUUCAGCCAAAUGAAUCACUUCAGGAUGGCUGUGAUAAUCACUCCUGUAAAGUAAAUGAAAAAGGGGAAUUUAUCUGGGAAAGGAGAAUCACUGGCUGUCCUCCAUUUGAUUCUAGAAGAUGUUUGGCUGAAGGAGGCAGAAUUGCAAAAAUUGGCAAUACCUGCUGUGACACAUGUGUGGAAGUGGAAUGUCGACCAGUAAGUACCAGACUGCAGUAUAGGAAUAUCAACGGAUGUGUGGCUGAAAAGGAAGUGCCUAUUUCUCAUUGUGAGGGCAAGUGCAGAAGCAAUACCAGAUACUCUGUUCAGACAGAGAAAUGGGAAGACCUGUGCAGCUGCUGUACAGCCAUUCAAACAACCAUAGUCACAAUCCCCCUCCGGUGUGCCAAUGGGACGGUGGUGCAGCAUUACAUCCCUUCUGCCUCACAGUGUGAAUGUUAUUCUCGGAAGUGUACAGACUGAAUAUUUCUAAGAAGCCCAGUUGUGUAAUCUCAAGUUUUAUGAUGAAGGAACUUUACAGUGCAAGCCUCAUUUUCUCUCUGUAGACAAUUUUAUCCAGUAGAAUCCUAACUAACUAAUUGUAUCAACAUAGCAAACAAUAAAACUUACUAGCACAACAGAGCAUUUUCUGAUUAUUCUUAGA